AUGUCAUCAUCCAGCAUCAUGGUCGUCGACGAGCUUGAUUAUUACUCUCAAGACACUCUGCUACUGUGGAUGUUAGGUUCACCGGUCAAUUGGGGAUUCGUCGACUACAUGCUUGACUACAUAGUUGUGGCGGUACAGCGCUCGCGUAUGAGACCCAACCAUAGGCUGAAGGAUGUAUUCUUCACCAAUACCGUUAAGAAUAUCGUUGAGAAGUCACAAGUCGAAAUGCGCAUGCUCCUGGUCGCCCUCACGUAUGUCGACCGCGCCUGCGAAAAUAUAACGGGGGAUGGGGAUGAGUGGGUCUGCGAACAACUUUUCAUUGGUGCACUCAUGCUUGCAGACAAGUAUACCAAUGAUCAAAACGUCAAUAUAAGAGCAUGGCUAUCCUGGGUGUCGGUUAUGAGGCAAUGCGACCUAGUCCGCAUCGAGCGCAACUUUCUGAAACUUCUCAACUACGACCUUCAUAUUCAGGACUCGGACCUCUUGCGACAUUUCAAGCCAGUAUAUGCCUUGUGCAUAAAGAAUGAGGGGUAUUCUCAAUCGUUCUUCGAACGUCAAGAGUCGUCCAAAGUCUCCUCGUCCAUCAGCGAGCUUCCACCUUCUCGUCGAGCAAUUCAGCGACCCACUGCUGUUCGUGCUCCUGUAGCAAUGCGCAUACCACAGAGAUCAUGUGGCUUCCAUGGGUGCGACGGCACUUGCCCUAGUUCCCAGUCAUCUCCCUCGUCUCCCAUGGUCGCCACGCCACCGGACAAUUCUCUGCUCUCGCUCGCGCUGCCUGGAUCCUAUCGUUCUCAACGAGCGCAGACCCGAAAUUUGCGCGCGUUCCGACCAUACGAAAUGGCCGAUCGAUCACGCAAGACGACCCCAGGUUGGCGCAGUGCGGGAGCAUCGGACGCAUCUAGUUUCUACGUCAAGUACAAUCCAACAACAAUCUUCCCUCCACCACAAGGUUCUCUACCCCGAUAUAACUACGCAUCAUCGUCACGUAGGCCGUGGGCUCUAUACUCAUAA